AUGGCUUUCACGUUCGCUGCCUUCUGCUAUAUGCUCUCCCUGGUGCUGUGCGCGGCCCUCAUCUUCUUCGCUAUCUGGCACAUCAUUGCAUUUGAUGAAUUAAAGACAGACUUCAAGAGCCCCAUAGACCAGUGUAACCCAGCACAUGCGAGAGAGCGAUUGAGAAAUAUUGAACGGAUUUGCUUUCUUUUGAGAAAGUUAGUAUUGCCAGAAUAUUCCAUCCAUAGCCUUUUCUGUAUAAUGUUUCUGUGUGCUCAAGAAUGGCUGACCCUUGGCUUGAAUAUCCCUCUGCUUUUCUAUCACUUUUGGAGGUAUUUCCAUUGUCCAGCAGACAGUAUGGAACUAGCAUAUGACCCACCUGCAGUAAUGAAUGCAGAUACCUUGAGCUACUGUCAAAGAGAGGCCUGGUGCAAAUUAGCUUUCUAUCUCCUCUCAUUCUUCUAUUAUCUUUACUGCAUGAUCUACGCUUUAGUGAGCUCCUAACUCAAAGAUCAUCAUUAAAGACUGUAAGCAGCAAAGGAUGCAGAAUAAAGACAAGCCAGCCUACAGCGAUGC